AUGCUGUUGUUUACAUCCCGGAGACUGAGCCUACGCUCAGCGCAGCAACUUCCAGGGAUGCUGGCGAUGGCAAAUCCCGGGUACCCUAGCAACAAUACCUCCAAUUCCCAGGAUGACAGGGCCAUCGAAACUUGUCAUCCGGGAACGCUUCGUCCGUCGCGACGCACGAGGAUCGAAUCUUGGACAACGGUUCGAAGGAACUACCACGUCUCGGCAAGUCGAAGCUUUCUGCUUCCCUUGUUAGCGCUCGUUCCCGUUGCGGUGCCCGCCGUCUAUUUUGGUCGAAAGUACUUGCGAGCGCAACAGUUACGACGAGAAAGGGUUGAGGAUCAGCAAUGGCACGUCUUGCAAGAGCAGCGCAAAGCAGACCAGACAAGCGGAAAGGAGUACAACAACAUCGUGCUGGACUUGGGAACAACCGACUUGAAAACUGUCGCAUUCAAUAACCCUACCGUGCAGAGUGAUUUCCAGCCGGACGCAUUGUGGGCUCUUCAAAGCAGCACCACCACCAACGCCACCACCAAUAGCCUUAAUUCGAAGGCACUCUUUCGUCUCGUACGGCAUUACUUGCAAAAGUCCAUGCAGCAACCAGUCGACUCACGCCGAGACCACGUUCGUGUGGUGCUGACGGUACCACCCAAGCCAGAAACUGCUGAGCGUUAUCGUCACGUAUUGCAGGAUUCACUCCCGUCGGAUUCCUCCGUGGUAUGGCUUCCGGAACCGGUAGCGGCCAUUUGGGGUGCGCAAGUCCUCCAUCUCUUGCCCAUCCCACAUGAUCCUCGAACGCUUGUGAUUGACAUUGGGGGACGAACGUCAACCGUGUCGCUUGUGGAAAAAGAUCACGUCGUAGCAGCCACAGUCUUGCCCAAUAUUGGUGGACAGGUCUUGAUUGACGCCUACCAACGGAACGAGCCGCAUAGUACGUGGAAAGAGGCACAGCAGGCUGUCUUGGAUUGCGAGGUAGCAGCCCAUCUAUACAGCGAUGUGGAAGCUACUGUUCUACAGGAAGCGCUUCCGAAAUUGUACCGAGGAGUUCAUUUGUCGGACCAGCUGCCCAAACCAACCACUCUGGAAACUCUCUGGGAGUCUGCUGUUGCCCAUUUGCUGGAAACUUUAGAAAGCUCCUCAUCAUUGCGCUUCACUACCGUCGUGGUUGUAGGUGGGGCCUCCAACAAUGAGACGUAUCAACAUUCCCUCCAAGCAGCCGUCACGAAGACAGUAGCUCCGCAAAGUGUCGACUGGAUAUUGCCUUCCAAAACGGAUCGAUCUCAACUCGUUACUCUCGGGGCCAGGUCCAUGAUGGCCUCCUGUGACUAUUCAUUUGACAAGGGUCUGUGCCCAAAAUCCAAUGUGUGAGAAGAAACAACUCACCUGUCAGCAACGGGACUAUAGUAAGAAAGGUUGCGUUAUCAAACAGCGCUGUAGUCUCCGGACAGACCCAGAAGAGCAGCUUCGUUCGGCUCGAGCGGGCAACAAAUGGGAUCUGGGAGCUCCUGUCACGACAUUUGUGCCAGCUCUUUAUUGAGGAUUUGAGAUAGUCAUUAACAGCAUGUUACCAAGGAAAGCGAUUUAUGCUGAA